AAAAUGUUGAGGCUGAGGAAGAUAGCGUUAUGGUUUUCUCUUUUUGCACAAUGCUACUCGCUUUAUGAAGACCAGGUUGGGAAAUUCGAUUGGAGACAGCGCUAUGUUGGCAAGGUUAUCUUCUCUGCAUGGGAACAGUCUAAGCACUCAGGGAAGAGAUUUCUUGUUGGAACAGAUCAAAAUGUCAUCGCUUCAUUGAAUGCUCAGACAGGAGACAUCGCCUGGAGACAGCUGUUAGAGAGCGAUGUCAGGGGUAGGAUUGAUGCCUUUCUACAUCAUGGAAAUGUGUUGAUUACGUUAUCUGGCAAUGGUCAUUCCCUGCGAAGCUGGAAUCCAAGCACAGGUCUGCUGUUGUGGGAUGUUACAACCUCUGACGAGGAGACCAGUUCCAGAGGAGCAGCUGUGCUGAGUGGUCCAGACAAAGGUAAAGUUGCUGUGGUGAGUGGGACCAGUUUGGCCUGUUACUCAGCCAGCAAUGGCAGGCAGGAAUGGCAGACAGGCCUCCCUCACACUGACAUCUCUGUGUAUCAGCAUGUACUGGAAGUCAAAGGACAGCUGACGGUGGUAGGAGUGGCUGAGGGGUCACAUGUCACUGUCGUCAAGUACAACUCUGACGGGGUUCAAAGUUCACACAGAUCUGUCCCAGCAUCCUGGAUCACCUUGACAACCAGGUGUGUUGUGAUUGGUCAGAAGUAUUUGACUUGUUAUCGAUCUGGGUCACAGUCCUUACAAUACCUUCAGCUGGACAAUGGUCAAGCCUUCCUCUCCACUUCCCUGGAGAGCUUGGGUGUGUCGCCCCAGGGUGAGGCAGUCUACCCAGAGGUCAUUUCAGCUGACCACAGCAGUCCUGAACUAAAACUACAUCUCACAGACCAUGUCAUUGUGCUGAGAAUCAAGGAUGAUAGUGUCAAGGUUGUCAAAGACCUACCAAAGUUUUCCACAUGUCUGCUGGUCACCUAUGAUGACAAAACUGUGCUUCUGGCCACUCAGAGAGUCUCCAUAGAGAAAGUGAAGUUAAUGGCAUUUGAUGUUGAGACUGGGGGAGAGCUUGUGGAGUUUUCUCAUGAUCUUCAUGUAGCCAGUUUCCAUGGCAAUCCGUUGCAGAUAGAAGCUAUUUUCUUCAAAAAGAAAGAUGGUCGCUGGGGUUACAGAUCUGUGCUGAUGUAUGAGGAUUACUCUGUACACCUGGUACAAUCAACAGGUAAAAUUGCAUGGAGAAGAGAAGAGGCGCUGUCAUACAUCCUGUCUGUGGAGAUGGUAGACUUACCUGUGUCAGAAAGUGAAGCAAAGUUUGAGGAUGAGUUUGGCUCACAACAUGAUGAUAUUAUUGGCAUGUUCCGGAAGAGGUUUACCACCCAGUUGGUACAGCUGAAGAGUUUUGUGCUGGGCCUGAUACAGAAGCUACAAGGUUACCGUGACCGCUCUCACAGUCUGAUCAUCGAGACAGAGGAUGAGGAAGAGGCUGAGAUUGAGCUGACACGAGACCAAUUUAACCUCAACAAAAUUGUUGUCGUGGUUACAGCCGCAGGAAAAAUUUAUGGCUUAAGGAGCACAAAUGGACAAAUAAUUUGGCAGCAUUACCUGCCAGAUUUAACUCCCUUUGAGCGAUAUGGCAAGCAGGUGCUCCCGUUGAGCAUUCAGAGGACAACUGCCCAUUUCCCCCACCCCCCACAGUGUGCUAUCGUGGGGAGACAUAAGAAAACUGGUCGUGGACUGUUGUAUGUGUUGAAUCCAGUGACGGGUCAAAGGUUAAAGGACAUGCCCCCUGGAGGUCAGAGUUUAGGGUUCACAGUGAUUCAGAUGGAUAUGCUGAAUGAGGUGGAUGAACAUUUCCUGAAGGGUCUGAUCUUCAUGGAUGAGGAGAAGAAGAUUCAUACAUACCCUAGUCAUUUUCGUCAGAUUGUAGCCAGACAUUCAACAUCUCUGUUUAUGUACUUGGUUGAACCUGAGAAAGGAUUGCUGUCAGGCUAUCGUGUGGAUGGAUCUGAAACCUGUCUCCCAGAUUUGUAUGGGGAUCCAGUUUGGGCUGUGAAUCUGCAGCAGAAGUCACAAACCAUCACAAAUGUGGUGCCGAGGAGAGCUAUAGAGCAUGUCCAUUCCCAGGGGCGAGUGUUAGGAGACAGAAGUGUGCUGUAUAAAUAUCUCAACCCCAAUGUUGUUGUGGUAACAGCAGAAGGGGAGGAGACAACAUCAGUGACUCAAGCAUCAAGUGCACAGAAAGGUCCGUCUUAUUUCUUGAAUGUGUAUCUGAUAGAUGUGAUAACCGGUCACAUUGUGUCCCAUGUCAACCACAAGCGGGUCAAGGGUCCAGUCCAUGUUGUUCACUCUGAAAACUGGGUGGUCUAUAACUACUGGAAUCAGAAGAACCGGCGUAUAGAGAUGAGUGUUCUGGAGUUGUUUGAGGGCAAGGAGCAGAGCAAUUCCACGUCAUUCUCCUCGUACAACCCCCCACCCCAGCCCCUCAUUCUGCGUCAGUCCUACAUCUUCUCCUCACCCAUCUCCACCAUGGCCGCAACCAUCACCGAGAAGGGAAUCACCAACAGAAACGUCCUCAUUGCCCUGAAGAGUGGAGGAAUUCUGUCUCUACCCAAAGCCUUCCUGGACCCCCGCAGACCAGUUGUGCCCACCCCAGAGCACAUGGAGGAAGGCACCUUCCCUUACAUGCCUGAGAUACCGUCCAGCUUUGAAGCUGUGGUCAACUACAACAGGAGUGUGCACAACAUCCGACACAUCCAUACUGCUCCAGCUGGGUUAGAAUCCACCUGUGUCUUCUUGGCUUAUGGCAUAGAUCUGUUUUAUACUCGUGUGAUGCCCUCCAAAAUGUUUGACGUCCUCAAGGAAGACUUUGAUUAUUUUUUCAUCAGCAGUGUUCUCAUUGGGAUGAUAGUCGUCUCCGUCAUUACACAAAAGUUAGCCGCCAGAAAAGCCUUAAACAGAGCCUGGAAGUGAUUGGAAUGGACUGUAGCUGUAAUAAAUGGUGCAUUUAUACAGAUUUUAUGUAGAGAGCUGGGCACAUCCAGGUGUGGGAAUGUGACUAUUAGGGAGAAAACGAAAGAAAUGAAUUGUGCACGAGAAAACCCAAAAGGCAGCUUUGGCCUUAGAAAACAGAAAGAGGAAACUUUAGCUUGAGAAAGUCACAUAUAUGUAAGUGAUUUUAAUGUCAAAAAAACGAAAUAUGUGACUUUAACAUCAGGAAAAUGGGAUAUGAGACUUAUGUCCUGGUGACAGCCUCCUAUGUCUUCAUUGGCCAGGCAUGUUAAUGACUUAAAACAGAAGAUAUCAAAUUAGUGUUUGCUUUUGCACAAAGGAAAGUUGAAACUUUGGGAAGAAUCAGUCUGUUCUAGUUAGAAAAUGAUGAGGAUGUAGAGUAAAUGUUGACAGAUACAAAGGCCAGUUUGGAAUGCUUAUCGCAUUUUUUUGUCUUUGUUCUAUGAGAGUGUAAAAACGUGCUUUGGACAUAAUAAUUUAUGUGACAUAGGUAACUGUUACAUGUGACGUCUUUUAUUUUUGACAAGAUAACAUGCGUAGUGGACAUCCAGUUAUAAGACGUUAUAGAAACAGGCACAACUAAAGAACUGUGGUCAGUGCACAGAAAUUUUUACUAGCAACGCUUGAAAAAUCUCUUGGGAUAACAGACUCCUUGAUAAUCAACUUUAUACUUUGAUAUAUUGGGCCAUGAAUGUCAAACUGUGUUUUCUGCAGUUAUGAAGUAGCAAGUCAGAAUUUCCCUACUGGCACUAAAAAAAUUAUGGAGUAGAAAGUUUGUUGAAGCCUUGAGUCAGCCAUUCCUUGAACACCUUGGACAUGUGAAUUUGUUGAUCAGCAUGUAUUUCUCUGACAGAAGGUGUGGAAGAUGCAAGACAAGCACAUCAUGUGACAUUCCAUCGUGACAUCAUUAACUGGGAGGUAGUGGUGACCAUCCGUUUGGGGUGGGAAGUAUCAUUUUGUCAUUAAGUGUAUGAUUGUUACGUAUGUAUGUAUAUACACAAAUACUAACUUAUCUGCCACAGCGUGUGUACCUGUUCAUAAGCAUCUUUGAAAUUGAUUGUGUAUUGUAAAGAUAUUGAGAAACUGUAAAUUCUUACCUUUUAUUUCUGUAUUAAUACAGAUAAUAGAAUUAGGUCACUCCAAUAUGACUAGGUAUACAGUGCAUGUAAAAAAUUAAUGACAUUGUACUUCUAAUUUUUUGGACACCUAGUCUGCUCCUUUUAGCUAAUAUACAUUUAACUGUAACAGGAAAACACAGUUUCCCUUUUUUCACACAAUCAGAUGAAAAACAUACACACAUCUUUACCUUUCUGAAAAAAAAAAAAACAAACUGAGAGAAACUAAUUUUUUGCUUUCAGCGCUAUCAAUAUCUGUCCGCAAAAUUAGAAGAAAACCUAGAAUGUGUGUAUUAGAGGAAAGUACCUGGUUCUGAAAGGUUCUGUGUUAAGUGGUGUAGCGUGCCUGUUUGUGGAUUGGUUACCAUGGUGUAUAUAUUCUAGGUUACCUAUGUAAGGAUUGGUUACCAUGGUGUAUAUACUCUAUUGUGCCUGUUUGUGGAUUGGUUACCAUGGUGUAUAUACUCAGUCUCUACCACAAAGAUGAUUGCGUUCGAUGGAACUGUAUAUAUAUAUACCGGUUCAGUUGUUAACACGGUAUACCUAUAUGAUAACUGUUUAUAUGUCAUCCUCUGAUUUGUAUUUUAUUGCUCAGUUUUGUAUUUUAUUAGAGUGAGUUUUCAUCCAUGUUCUUCUGUAAAGUUUUACAAACUGUGUGUAUAAAAUUAGUGACGUGUUGGCAAACCAAGGACAUACAAUUGAUUUACAAUCCAUUUCUCGAAUACUUCAUACUUUUGCUGGUCUCAGAAUCUUACUAAUGAAACCAAUCCUUCUGCAUUGGCGCGGAGAAAUUAGCAUACCAUUUGACUAAAAGUAACGCUUGGCAGGCACAACAGAUCCAGUUACUACCAGCUUGGGUGGCAUUGUGUAAAGUGACAAGAAGUUUUGAUGUUGCUGUACUGUUCAAACUGAAACAUUGAUGUCUUGUGUUAUUGCGUUUCACAGAAUGGAAAUUAAAUGUAUAAUUAUGGAG